AAAUGGCGCCUGUUGCUCUGUACUCUGGUAACAGAGACUGAACGGCAUUGUGGGACGGAGGCGAAUGUGCAGCGGUUUCCGGAUCACUGGACUGGACGGGGAGAAGUGUGAAUAUACGGGAGGAGGAGAAGAAAAGAACUUUGUUUUUAUUUUUGUCAGACGUUUACACCGAGGUAAGGGCUUCGUCUGGAUUGAAACUGAAUCUGAGGUAGCUGCAGGCAUGUCGCAGUCUGGAGAAAAAGGCAAGUUCCCUGAGGCUGCCGGUUAUGUGGGCUUUGCUAACCUCCCGAACCAGGUACACAGGAAGUCUGUAAAGAAAGGCUUUGAGUUUACACUGAUGGUAGUAGGAGAAUCUGGCCUGGGUAAAUCCACCCUCAUCAACAGCCUGUUCCUCACUGACCUCUAUCCAGAACGAUACAUACCUGGAGCAGCAGAGAAGAUUGAGCGGACAGUGCAGAUCGAGGCCUCGACGGUGGAGAUCGAGGAGAGGGGGGUGAAGCUCCGCCUCACUGUGGUGGACACUCCUGGGUAUGGAGAUGCCAUCAACAGUCAAGACUGUUUUAAGACCAUCAUCCAAUACAUUGACAAUCAGUUUGAGCGCUACCUGCAUGAUGAAAGUGGCCUGAAUCGUAGACACAUUGUGGACAACAGAGUUCACUGCUGCUUCUAUUUCAUAUCUCCAUUUGGACACGGAUUGAAGCCACUGGAUGUUGAAUUUAUGAAAGCCAUCCACAGCAAAGUGAACAUUGUCCCCGUCAUCGCAAAAGCUGACACACUGACACUCCGAGAGAGGGACCGUCUGAAGCGGAGGAUCCUUGAUGAGAUUAGUGAGCACGGUAUUCGCAUCUACCAGCUCCCUGAUGCAGAUUCUGAUGAGGACGAGGAGUUCAAAGAGCAGACCCGCGUCCUAAAGGCCAGCAUUCCUUUUGCCGUCAUCGGCUCCAACCAGCUGAUCGAAGUGAAGGGGAAGAAGAUUCGAGGGCGUCUGUACCCUUGGGGUGUGGUGGAGGUGGAGAACCCUGAACACAACGAUUUCCUCAAACUGCGCACCAUGCUCGUGACUCACAUGCAGGACCUGCAGGAAGUGACUCAGGACCUACACUACGAGAACUUCCGCUCCGAGAGACUGAAGAGAGCUGGCAGGUCAGUGGAGGAUGAAGUGCUGGACAAAGAUCAGAUCUUAAUGGAAAAGGAGGCUGAGCUGAGACGCAUGCAGCAGAUGAUUGCUCAGAUGCAGGCUCAAAUGAAGAUGAAGCCUGGAGAUGAUUGAAAAAGAUCAUUGUAUUAUAAUGUUUGUUUGCUGCAAUAGAAAGCCAGAGUUCCACUACAUGACUGGCUUCAUUAUUUCAAUCCCUGUAUCUACUAUCAUUCUGGGCACUUCACAACUCUACUACGGUUCCUUUUUCUUUUACUUUAUAGAUACAUAUAUAUAUAUUUGUCUGUCACACAAAGGAUUGUCAUCGCAUCACUGCAUGUUCCCAACUUUAUCCACGUUGAGUGAUCUUAAUGUCAACCAAAUUUAUAAUUUAAUCUUAUUCAGUAUCUUAAUAUGAAUUAUACCACCAUGUUAAUUUUUUUUUAUUUGCCUGCAUCCAUGUUACAUUGCAAAUAAUUUGCCAUGACUGUAUCAGUUAUUUUUAUAGCUGUGUUGUGUGUGUGUGUGUGUGUGUAUGUAAAAUGCUUCAGGUUUAGUAGUUUUGUUUUUCCACCAUGCCCAGUCAUGUCUACUGCUGGCAGGAAGCAACUCACGUUGUCCCAGUCACCUGUCUCAUUUCUCAUGCCCUGCUGGUGCCUGUUCUACACAGUGUACAGGAACUAAGAAAAUGGUGGUAAUAUUUGACCUCAUUCUCCAUUAUCUGUUUUUCAAGCACACUAACUGAUGAGGGAAUUAUUUACUAGUUAUUCAAACUCGCAAGUACAUGCAAAUUUCUAGCUUUGUUCACAAGAGCCAUAUGGUCUCAGCAGUUUUUCUUAUAAGCGGAUGUCUCAGUGUAUGAAUUAAAGUGCCUUAUCGUCUGUGCCUUGGUGAAAUGUUAGUAGUUGUAGUCUGUGGUUGGCUCGUUACAGCACGAGAGAAUACCAUCAACUAUUAAUGUUUCAGUAAGGGGCCACUAAGGGGCAGCAGCUACCAGUAAAAACCAGGACAAUAGCUCAAAGCGCCCCCCCCCCCCCCCCCCCCCCAAAAAAAAAGUCCUGUUGUGGAUUCUGCAAAAGAUUAUCAAUUAUUUUUGCCCAAUAUGGAAAUUUAUCAUUUGUCAGUUAUUAAUUCAAUUUAGGAACAAAUAUUUAGAUUUUAAAAUCCCCCCCCCCCCCCCAAAAAAAAAAAAAAACCAAGCCUUCACUGUGUACAUUGAGUGUAUGUUCUUUUUAAGUCUACACUGAGUAUUAAUCUUUUAAAUGCCAAAUAUAAACAAGUAUAUGCUAAAAAAUAAAUCCAUAAACAAACAUGCAUGCAUACAUAACACAAGUGUGUAUUGAAACACCACUGUAUGCAACCAAAUACAGUUAAAGCAUGUAAAUGAGGUCAUAAUUUAAUGAUUGAUUAAUAACUGAUGUGAACAGUUACAGCUCACCAGGAUCACAGCUAUGAUAAAUUCUAAUUAUUAAUUGUGUAAUUUCUAAUUCUUUGACCUUAUUUUACUAGAUGCAUGUGGAAAUGACUGCAAGUAUCACGGAUUUGAUGUUUUACAUGAAAUAACACUUCAGGUGACUGGAAAUGCUCAAAUUAUAUAUAAAACGAGCAUUACAUUUUUGAAGACUCUCUUCAGACCUUAACAUUUUUUUUUUUUAAAUCUUUCCACUGUCUAGCUUAAGGUCGUUUUUCUUUCUAAAUCAAGGGUCCUUCCUUUUAUGUAAUGGUACUUGUUAGUGAUUACAUAAACAAUCUGCUGAUAUUUUGUAAAUGUUGUGACCCAGCCUUAAUUACUCAUUUGGCCAAGUCGUCAUCUGUUUACAGACUAAUGUUCGUUAGUUGUUUGUUUUUUUGCAUGUCCAUGGUACAGUUGAUUGGUUGAUGGUACCUUGUAAAAUGCUGAUUUUUUUUUUUGUACUCAUUUGCAGAAAUAAACAUUUCGGAAGUUCUCA